AGAUUGAAAAAAACUAUAAUCCUUGGAGGAAGAGGAUAAGGUGGUGACCGGAAACACCAUGUCUUCCGCCACCUUCACCUCCGCCCUCAGCGCCGGCGUUGGCGGCAGCAUCUCACAUACACGCGAGCCGCCUUCCGUGGUCCACCCCAUCCUUCCCGCUGACCACGCAGUCGCCCUGAUCGACCGGUGCCGCUCGGCCCGCCACCUCCUCGAGCUCCACGGCGCCGUCCUCCGUGCGGGGCUCCACCACCACCCUAUCGUCGACUUCAAGCUCCAGCGCACUUACUCCGCCCUUGGCCGCCCCGACCGCUCCUUGACUCUCCUCCGCCUCACCCCGAACCCCAAUGUCUUCUUCUGGACUGCCGCCGUCCAUGCCCACGCCCUCCAUGGCCUCCACCACGAGGCCCUCUUCCUUUUCUCCGACAUGCUCUCUGCCUCCGUCGAGCCCAACGCCUUCACCUUCUCCUCCGCCCUAAAGGCCUGCCCUUUGGGCCCCGGCCGUGCACUCCACGCCCACUCCCUGAAGCUCGUCCUCAAUUCCGACCCUUACGUCGCCACCGCGCUCCUCGACAUGUACGCCCGCGGCGGGGAGGUCGUCUCCGCCCGCCGUCUAUUCGACGCAAUGCCCGAGAAGAGGCUCGUCUCCUCCACUGCGAUGAUCACUUGCUACGCGAAAAUGGGGGAUUUGGACAACGCCAGGCAACUGUUCGACGAAAUGGAUGAGAGAGACUGUGUCUGUUGGAACAUAAUGAUCGACGGGUACACUCAACACGGACGGCCCAACGAGGCUCUGCUACUCUUCAGGCAGAUGUUAUCAUCAUCGACGAAGCCGAACGAGGUGACAGUGAUCUCGGUGCUCUCUGCUAUCGCCCAGCAGGGCUCCGUUGGCUCCGGCAGAUGGGUGCACUCCUACAUCGAGAACAAUCCGAUAGAGUUCAAUGCCAGAGUGGGCACCGCACUGAUCGACAUGUAUUGCAAAUGCGGCAGCUUGGAGGAUGCUUGCAAGGUGUUCGACAGCAUCGAGAACAAGGAUGUGGUCGUUUGGAAUUCGAUGAUUGGGGGAUAUGCAAUGCACGGGCACAGCCAUAAGGCGCUCGAGCUGUUCUCCGGACUACGUGCCGAAGGCCUCCAACCAACGGAUAUCACAUUCAUCGGAGUCCUCAAUGUUUGUAGUCACUCGGGCUUAAUCGAGGAAGGGCGCGAGUACUUCCGCUCGAUGGAGAAGGACUACGGAAUCGAGCCCAAGAUCGAGCACUACGGCUGCAUAGUCGAUCUCCUCGGGCGAGCAGGGCUCGUCGAUGAAGCAUACGAGCUUGUUCAGAGCAUGAAGAUACCACCGGACCCUGUCAUCUGGGGCUCAUUAUUGGCUGCAUGCAGGCUUCACAGAAACAUGGCUUUAGGGGAGAAGAUUGCCAAUUUCCUGGUUCGCAAUGGCCUCGCCAACUCCGGCACAUACAUUCUUCUAUCCAACAUCUAUGCUGCAGUUGGGAACUGGGAGGCCGUGGCACAAGUGAGGGCCCUGAUGAAGGAGAACAAGGUGCAGAAGGAGCCUGGAUGCACUUCAAUCGAGGUAGCCAACAAAGUGUACGAGUUUGUGGUAGGUGACAUGAGCCAUCCAAAAAGUGAAGAGAUCUACAACAUGUUGGAGGAGCUCAAUGGGCUGCUCAGAGCUCAUGGAUACGUCCCGCGGACCGAGCUGGUGCUUCAUGAUCUCGAGGAGGCGGAGAAGGAGCGAGCGCUCGGAGUCCAUAGCGAGAAGCUGGCGAUCGCCUUCGGUCUGAUAAGCACGCAGCCGGGGACGACGAUCAAGAUUGCCAAGAACCUUCGUGUUUGUGUGGAUUGCCACACGGCCACCAAGCUCAUCGCCAAGAUUACGGGGCGCAAGAUCGUCGUCAGAGAUCGGAAUCGGUUCCACCAUUUCGUUGAUGGUUCGUGUUCUUGUGGGGAUUAUUGGUGACUGUAUAUACGUCCAUGCAUGCUUGUAUUCAAAUGCAGUUUUAAUGACUUAUUAUC